AUGUGGGUGGCAUUGGAGAUGGAAGAAUUGCACAUGAUGCGCAUCUUUCCCUCCCCCGAUGUUGCAGGCGUCGUUCUUCUGCUGAUUCGCUUUUUCCGGUGCUCCGUUGCAGCGUGUAAAGCUCACAACUGCGCCCCUUUCAUCGAAGAGGUGGCCGACCUGUUCCAAACACCCACCAUCCGUGAGCUCAUGGAGCCAGCCAACGUGCCAACAUGUUUGAUUCCGCUGCGCCAUCCGGUCAAACCCAGGCACCUGGCAUUUUGCUUGCCCGGCUUUGGUGGCAACGCUCGUGCCCUCAGUGAGGCCGCCGGAGCGACCUUUGCCGCGGAUGUCGCCAUCUUUGGCAUUCAGCCCAAGGGCAUGGUGAAUGCUGCCCUAGACCCCCCGCUGGAGGACCUGGGCGACAUGAUUCAGCAAACCUGCUCGGUGGUCCAGCAGGCCGUAGCCAGCGUGGACUUCGAGCCAGACAGCAUCACCCUCUUUGGCUACUCUGCUGGCACACUGCUGGCGCUUGGUGUGGCGGACGCCUUGAAGGACACUGUAUCAAAGGUGGUCCUGAUUGCCCCGGGCUCCCCAACGUUUUUGCCUGCAGACGAAACUCCGCGGAAGUGUGACGAUCUGUACCAAGAUCUCCGCUACACAUCCCUUGUCCUCUCUUUGUUCUUGGCGCCGCAGGGCCUGGACGUCAUGGCGGUGGCAGAGACAGUGAAAUCAAAGGAGGACUUGGUGGAGGCAGUCAAGAAAGCGGGCCUGAGUGACCAAGCAGUGCGGCCAUUCCUUCCGUACUUUGAGGCACGAUACAAGUCCCAGAAG